AGCAAUACUUUCAUAUCGUUACUUAUCUUUGAUCGACGUCUCCAUUGAUUUAAUGACUCCAUUGCCACUAUCUGCCAUACCAAUGGGUCAGUAUAAUAAUGUGGCUGUCGUUUCAAACGGCGAACCUUGUGCAAAAAUCGGAACUGACAUUUUGAAAAACGGUGGAAAUUCAGUAGACGCAGCAAUAGGUACAUUGUUGUGUGACAGUGUUGUAUGUCCUGAUUUAACGGGCAUCGGUGGAGGUUUCCUAAUGACCAUAUACAACAAGACUACAAACACAUCGUUAUUUAUAAAUGCUCUAGAAACUGCUCCAAGUGCCGCCAAUUACACUAUGUAUGACAACGAUCCAUCGAAAUCAUUAACYG